AUGCCCGGGCAAGAAGACCUCACCACGCGCCGGCAACGCGUCUUCAACUCGGUUUUCGGCCAAGGCGAUACCUCGCAACCCACCCCCGUUGCUACGCCCUCUGGACAAUGGGCAACUCCCGGACAAGCUUGGGGAGGCCCGAAGCCCUCUGGACAUGUUAACCUCCCUGAGCCUUCCUUGUCUAAUGUCCGAGGUUCAGAAUCAGUUCGUUCUCAUUCCCUGAGCGAAUCAAGUCAUGUGCGAGAUCAGGUGCGAUGGGACCGAGCAUGGCACUUGGUCACGCAUACUUUGAUAAUUCCGGACUUCCCCAAAAACCUAAGCUCUCCAGGGGAACUGAAACCUCAAAGAAACUCCCUUGAUGGCGCCUUCGAUCAAGCAUUAGAGGACUUGCUGUAUCCCCGCACUAGGCUACCGUUCGUUACCCACACCGAAGAUAUUAUUGUCUGGCAUACCCAACAAGUCCGAUCACACUUCUUACAUCAAGUCCUCCCAAUUAUACUUGACUUUAAAGACCGACCUGUUCCAGAAGAUGUGAUCCGUGGAAGCAUUUUAGCCUUAGAAACGGCUCACCGCCAAUACCUUCAUGGGCUUGCGAUCAUCAAGGAGCAAAUGGAUAUAUCAGCUCCUGGCAGUGCUAUGCCUGUCCUAACAAAGUUUCGUAGGGAUCUUCACGCUGUCAUCAACAACUCUGUCAUGGAGCCACUCUCGGUUGCCUUGAAGAGGGUCUUACAGAACUUUAUACCCAUGGUCCUUGGUCUGUCAGCAGAGAAUGAUCACGAAAACCAUGUGAUACAGACAGAGGGUCCAAGAUCAGAGGAGGCACGGCAAGAAACCCUUGCUCUUGUGGAGUCUCUGAAAAAUGUUGGUCUGGCUGGGGAGCAGUUUCAAAUCAUCUUCGCGGAAAUCAUGAACAAUGCAAUGGUUGGGUAUGUCUAUACAGGAUGUGAAGGUCUGUGGUCUCCUGAAAAUGAACAGCCUGACGCGCUUGGCUCUUCAACGAUGGAUACAGAGAGACGACAAUCUAUCCUUCCAAGAACAGUCCAUCAUUCCUCGCCAUCUCAGUGCACAACAAAUCUAUGUGAAUGGAUUGAGAACCGGUAUUCAAAGCUUGCGGUUCAGGUGCUCAGUAUAGUCGACAAGAAAGCACAAGUUACUUGGGCAGAUAAGGAAAAGUACAAGGAAAUGAGCAUUGGCCACCUAGCGGAACUCCGAAUCAACGAAUUGUUUGGUAUCGUUAGCAAGUGGCCGCAUAGCAGUGGAGCACUACAUGACCUACGGACAGCUAUUACAACGCCGCAGAGGCGCCUACACUUAACGGAAGUCUUUUCUGAGGCAUUAUCCGACAAGCUUCUGCAUCCGGGAGCAUCAACCUUGCAGAUAUUACAAACUUACAUCGCUAUGAUAUGGUCAUUCCAUUCCCUCGAUCACUCAAAAGUUCUUCUGGAUAGAGUUGCGUAUCCACUCCAAUUGUACCUUUGUUCACGCGAAGACACAGUUCGAUGUAUCAUUACUGGGCUACUUUCAGAUACCUCUGAUGCCGAAGGAAAGCCAUUAGGCCGCUGGGGAGAAAAGUUAACAGAGCUGGCCGAGUUGCUCAACAACAGCAGCAAGGGAGGUGAGGUAAGGGCAAACGACGAGGAAUUGGACUGGCAUGAUAUGGAGUGGGUACCUGAUCCCGUUGAUGCGGGCUCGGGGUACAAAAGAUCGAAAAAUGCCGAUAUUAUUGGAACCCUUAUAGGUGCUUUGGGAGCUCAAGAUGUGUUUAUUAAGGAGUUCCAAAACGUCAUGGGGGAUAAUCUGCUGAAGAAUGAUGGAGGAUUCGAGAGAGAAAUCAAGGUGCUUGAAUUAUUGAAAUCUAGAUAUGGCGACGGACCACUUCAGGCUUGCGAGGUCAUGCUCAAGGAUAUCCAAGAUUCUGGAAGAGUCAACAGCGUGAUUAGGAGAAAUCAAAAGCUGGAUCCUAGCGCGCAGGAGGUUAGCGCCGCUAGCACAACCCCUUUCUUGGUAGACGAACUUGCCAUGAGCGCAGAAGGGCUGUUCAAGCCAUCCCUACACGCCAAGGUCUUAUCGCGGCUAUUUUGGCCUCAGCUUCAGGAAGAGAGCUACCGAGUUCCAAGUGAUAUUGCAGAUCUUCAAAAACGAUACGAGGACGGUUUUACAUCCCUAAAAACAUCUCGAAAGCUUACCUGGCUCCACAUACUGGGACAGGCAACCGUUGAACUCGAAUUCGAGGACCGCACCUUGGUUGAAGAAGUCCAUACCUGGCAAGCUACCGUGAUCUGGGCUUUCCAAAAUGAUGCAAACGAUAAUUCGGUUGCCGAACGAAGUGUUGAAGACUUGGUCCAAGAACUAGAGAUGGAUGAGAACCUCAUCCGAAGCGCCCUCAAGUUCUGGGUCAAUAAGCUCGCCCUGCACGAAAUCUCCCCAGGUAGAUUCGCGGUGCUUGAGACAUUGAACAAAGAAGAUCGGGCGCGCUCUAAUGCACAAGCUGCAGCGUCAACGGCCGCUGUCAACGAUGAAAGUAUGGACGAGGCCAACCUAAUGCCAAACAAUGGUGUAAUGGCAGAAAAGAUGCAAAUGUAUUGGCAAUUCAUCCAAGGCAUGCUGAAGAACUCGUCUAGCCAGAUGCCGCUUCAGCAGAUCGCCAUGAUGCUAAAGAUGCUAAUUGCGGAUGGCUUCCCGUACAACAAUGAGGAGUUACAGGAAUUCUUGUCUACUAAAGUCGCCGAAGGGGAGUUAGAAUUGAGCGGUGGGAAGUAUAAACUAUUGCGGAAGUAG